UUGCGAUUGUUCCUGCGCGCUGACACGUGCUCCCUCUCCUUCCAAACAGGACCACUUGUAUGAAUUGGAGCUCAGUUUGUGCAGAAGAGUCACCAUCCAACUGCAAAGCUUCAUUCAAAGCAUCAAACCUCCAGACUGAUCAGUGUCCAAACGAGCCCGCAUCCAGCAGGAAACGUGCCAUACUGAGGCAGUAACACAACAAUGGCAGAGUGCACACUCGGUGACAACACGGCAAAGGUGAUCCAGAUUCCUCAGGCUCACAUCAAGAAGUCGAACCAAGCUUCAGACGAGCCAGCGCUGAUGGUGGUCAAAGCCAGACCUGUUGACUUGGGGCUGAUUCGCAGUUUGUCCAAGUCAGACUCCGACUUGUUGGCCUCACCUAGCGGGGAAGAGGAAGGCGGCCGAGCUGGCUGCGGUGGAUCUGUGUCUACGGAGCGUUUUCCCUCCUUUUCCUCAGAGUGGGAUGAGAUUGAGAAGAUGAUGAACUUGAUUGGAGCAGGCAUUGAAACAUCCGGAAGUGAACAGGCCGCACCGAGCUCAGAUGGGGCCUGUGGUAAAGCCCUGGACCAGCCGGUGGGCGAGUGGCUGGAGCAUGUGGGGCUGCCGCAGUACGAGAGCAAGUUUCUGCUCAACGGCUUCGAUGACCUACGAUUUAUGAUUGAGAAGAUGAUGAACUUGAUUGGAGCAGGCAUUGAAACAUCCGGAAGUGAACAGGGCCGCACCGAGCUCAGGUAA